AUGGGCGAAAGCAAAAUUGAACCUCGGGAGAGCCGCGCUCGGCCACAUGAUGUCGGGAUAAUCCGGUGCGACUCUCUCGAUCCUAUCUCUUGCCUUUCUUUUUUUGGUUGCUUACAGGAUGGCCCCCUGAAAUACCUGAGUGUGACAGUAUUUGAGAAUUGCUCUCCUGAAUUGAUGGAUAUAAAUAAUGGAACUGAAAUUGGUCGAACGAUUAAAAAGUUUCCAUUGUUGACAGCCAGAGAGUAUGUAUUGGCCUGGAGGCUUUGGGAGGACUCAGAUGGAGCUUUCUACUGUUUUACGAAGGAAUGUCAACAUCCCUCGGCACCACAGCACAGGAAGUAUGUCCGUGUUAAGUACUUUAGAUCAGGAUGGAGAAUCAGGAAAAUACCCGGCAGGAAUGCGUCUGAAAUUAGAAUGUUCCAUCAAGAAGAUGCCGGUUUGAAUGUGGAAAUGGCUUUUGCAAAGGGCAUAUGGAGUUAUGUGUGCAAGAUGGACAGUGCAUUACGCAAAUAUUCAUUGGGUCACAUGCAACACGGUUCAUCUCUCAGUGCCGUCACUUUCAUCCAGAAGGUACCUCGUGAACUACAAACGUCAAGCAGCCCUAACUCUUCAUCAGGGGCUGCAGCACCUUCAGUUCGUGUUGAAACAAUCACUGAAAAGAAGAAACUAUUGAGAAGACCAUCUAUGAAAGCACUCGCCAAUGGUUUUCUUCUUAUCGGGGGCAUCAUUUGCCUGACUCGUGGCCACUCUACACUUGGAGCUAAAGUAGCCGUCGGCUACGUGUUGACAAAACUGACUAAGCGCGGUGCUUCUUCCAGUCAAAGACCGCGGGACUGA